GUUUUGACCGCGAUGUCCGAUCACGACGACGAAUCGAAAGAGGACGCCAAGAAUAAAGCAGACAAGGUAUGAAACUCGGCAGGUUAGCCAUGAUCAUGUUCACCAUGCUGCAUGAUGACACACAGCCAGCCACGGAGUGGAAAGCUGGGCAAGCGGUGCAGGUGCAAAGCAUCGACGAUGCGGACAAAUGGUCCAAUGCAAAGAUCACUCGGGUACAUCGCAACGGCAACGUCACCGUAACCUACCACCCGAGUGGCGAAAAGGAGAAAAACAUCGCCCCGAGUCGCCUUGAGAAACGUAAAAAAGUCAAACGAGCCAAGCGCGAGGCAGCUAUGGAGGCUGACACAAAAGAUGACGACGACGACGAGUCUGACGCUGGCAUACCAUCCAAGAAGUCUAAACCAAGCAGUGCUACAAGAGUUCGAUGGCAAAAACAUCAAGCGGUGGUGUUUCAAUCUGCUGACGGACGAAAAACUGGUCGGCUGACCGUGGUUCGAGACGACGACUGCGAUGUCCAGCACGACAGCGACAAGGACCACGAAAGCACCCACGUACUGCUUUCAGACAUUCACGCAUUGCGGUGGUGGCAUCGGUGGAACACGCCCAAAACGCGCUUUAAGAUCCAGGCCAGGGUGCGGUACGUCGACGGCAAAGGGCGACCCCACGACGGAGUGGUGACCAAGCGCCAUCGCGAUAACUCGUACGAUAUCCGCCACCUCAGCGACGAAGAAACCCAAGUUGAACACGUCGAAGCAGCUGACAUCAAGUCUUUGUCCGUGUGGUUGCAAGCUAUAGACUCCCUGGGGCGGUGGGUGUUGACUUCGGGAACGUCAUUUGCCGUGGGAACAUCGGUAGAAUUCCAGCUGGACGACGCGGCUGAGUGGAUCCCUGGCACGAUUCAUAAAGUUCGUCCGGAUGGCAAGUACAACAUUGCGUACAUCGAGCACGACGACGACGACAAGGCAAAGGUGGCGACCAAAAUUCGUCCUAAUCGUGUGCGAAAGCACCAGUCGUUUCAAUGGACUCGAGCCAUGUUGGCACUCAGCACCAGUGCGACGCUGCAAGAUGGAACACGAGUCGAAGUCACGUGUAUCAAAGACGAAGCGGAGGUGUUCAAACGAGGGGAGAUCGUGCGCACGCAUGCCGACGAGACCAAGAGCAUUCGCUACGACGACGGCAAGGUUGAAAAGCAUGUGCUACCCAGUCGACUUCGCCCGUUGGCCACCGCGCUUUGCGUCGGUACACUGGUGGAUGUGACAGUGGAAACCAACCACACGACGGUCAAGUGCGCAGCACCCAAGCAAGGCACGAUCGCGUGGGUGCAUCGAGAUUUUACAAGGGUCGUCCUAGCCAUCCAUUCAAAUAAAGCACAUGAAAACGAAGAAGAAAAAGAAGAAAAAGAAAAAGAAGAAGACCUUCUCUAUUGCCCAGACAUUCCCGUGGAAGCUCUUCGAUUGCAGGGAACGACUCGGCUGGACACGACGUCGUUGCGCGGGUAUUCGUUAUGGCGGCAAUUCAACAUGCUUGGCAACUUUGCCUUGGACGCGCUUGUCUAUGGCUGGUUCCUCCUCGGCCUCGGCAAUGAAAUCGCCAUGAGCGUCGAGGUACUGCAGCGAACAGCCGACGGCCGCAACGAUGCCGCCAUGCAAGCGUGGUACCACGAUGCCUCGAUCAGCCAACCCCCGCUCGUUGACUGUUUGGCCACCCAUCCAUUUCUCCAGAACACCACAACGCUGCUUGCAACUCCGCCGUACUUGCUCCUUCCAGAGAUCCUCAUGGGUCGGUACUGGCUCAUAGCCCUUGUGUUAUUGAAAGCUCUCGCGUUUGCAUUUAUUCUUGUCCGGGCCUUGCGCAUACUCGUCAACACGGGCAACGCCGUGGCCUAUCGGGCGAUCAACCUACAACGGCACGCCCAAGACCAAAUACAUCAAGCCCAAUUGUGGCGAGUGAUGUUUGGUGCAAUCGUUGUCUCUAGUGGCACUCUUCUCUGCUUUGGCUCGUUGGCCAAUACUUUGGGGUACUAUUGCUUGCUCGACCAAUACCCGUUGGACCUGACCUACCACACAUUCGACUUCUCGACUCUGGACCCUCGAUUUAUGUCGAACAACUCGGCUUCGGUGGGUCCGUUGCUCGUCCACGUGACGGCCACAACCACGUUCAACUUGUAUCGCGGCGUUUGCUUUCUGUUUGCAUUGGUCGCAUCCCCCGACUUGUCCAUUCGCGUCUUCAUGAUGGUUCCUGCGAUCGCUAUGACUGCAGUAGCGUGGGCGCUUGUGCUCACUAGUAUGCAGUUGUUUCUGGCGGUGGAACACGACGUGUUGUGGCGACUGGGGCACCUCGGGCUCACGCCGUUGCAUGAUAUGGCGCUGUGGUGUAUUGUGGCUGCGACGUGGCUCUCGAUCCUGUUGUUUCAAGUGUUUCAGACCGUGGGCGAGUACAAUCGGUUAGUUGCCGCCCACCACCUUCGAGGGGCAUCCGACGAAGUGGCGGUGAAACAAGCGGAAGAAGGGAUGCUAGGGGUCCACGCCCAAGAAGACGCUGUUCAAAUCCGAACGGAGGAGAUGCAAAUUCAAGUGGGCAUUUUGCAAGCGAUCAGUGCGACGCUGGUGCCAGGGAUUGGGGUUCUUGUCAACGUACUCGCUGUGUUCUGGCUGCUUAUCGGUGUGUCCAUGCUGUACCAUAACUCCCAAGUGGACAUUCCGCCGUGGAUGGUGGGUACAUCAGUGCCUCUCACUUGUGCGUGGCUGCUGGCGUUAACUGUGGCAACGUUCCUGUCGUGUUGCAAGGAGAGAAAGAGCUGGAAACUGUUGAAGCAGGCCAAGACGUCGCGGACACGACCACCCGUGCUGUUACCGUGACACCAUUCCACUGCAUAAUUGGUGACCACAGUUAGGAGGAAGUCAUUUAAGCUAUUAAUAAAGGUCCCAAGUUUCUC